AUGCUGGUUUGCGGUGUUUUGUUUGGCGCUACCCCCAGUUAUGCGAUUGGUACCGACGCUGGUGUCAAUAUCUCCAACACCGCAACUGCCACGUUUUCAGUCAAUGGUGCAGCCCAGACCCAGGUUAACAGCAACACGGUGCAGACCAUCGUUGAUGAAUUGCUCGACGUAGUUGUUGUUGAUGACAACAGUGGAGCCGUUGCAGUGGGCGCUGGCGCCACGGGCGCGAUUCUUCAGUUUACCGUUACCAAUAAUGGCAACGGUAACGAGGUGUAUCGAAUCAUCGCCGAUGCUGAUGUGAACGAAGGAGGGUUCAACCCGCUUCUCAACCAGCUGUACAUCGAAAGUAAUGGCAUACCCGGAUUACAAGUUGGUGGGGAUACCCCUUAUGUCCCUGGCAGCGCGGACCCACUGAUUGCUGAAGACAGUACGCUGAUCCUGUACGUGCAGUCCGACAUGCCGGCUGGCCUGGUUCAAGGUGACAACGGCGACAUCCAGAUUCGAGCGAUUGCUCAGACCAUCCUUGAUGCAACAGGCGGUUUAGACAACCCGGACGAUCCACUCUGGCCGAUUCCCGGUACCAGUUACGCCACCCUUGGCGACGGCGGUGGCACGGCGGUGGUAGGUACCUCUGCAGAUAUCAAUGCGCUUCUGCUGCGCACACAAGGUCGCUAUCAGGUAAGCGAAGCGGUGCUCUCGAUCGACAAAACCGCAGUCAGCGUAGUGGAUCCGUUUGGCGGCACCACCAUCGUGCCGGGUUCGGUGAUUACUUAUGAAUUAACCCUUCGCGUUGUCGGUAGCGGUAUUGCGCAAGCGGUGCAGGUCAGCGAUGUGCUGCCUGCUGAACUCGAAUACCAGCCGGACACCCUUACCGUGGCAGGUGUUGCGGAAGACGAUGAUUUUGCGCCAACGGGCGUUGAUAACUCUGGCUUUGAUGCUGCCAACAGCACGCUGCUGGUCGAAACCGGUGAUGUCGCAGGUGGCGCUGCUGACAUCGUUAUUAGAUUUGAUGUACAGCUGGACAACACAAUAAAAAAGGUUGAAACCUUUGUUAACGCAGACGGUGAUGUGGAACGCCGCCUGGUCGACGCGAAUAGUGUCGUGCCCGGAGACGAGCUGCAGUACACCGUGCGUUUCACCAACAACGGAUCCCAAUCGGUGGACGCCGGUUCCAUAGUCAUAACUGACGUGGUGCCAGCUCACACUGAAUAUCUGGAUGGCACUGCCUUUGGGGCAGGUACACAGAUCUGGUACUCCGUUGAUGGCGAGAUGUAUGCACCACCGACCGAGCUCACCGUUGUCAAUGAUGGCGUCGAGAUGCUGGCGUCGGCAAAAGAUUAUCGCUCCAUUCGCUGGACCUUUGCGCCAGCGCUUGAUCCAGGUGAUAGAUUGGGAAUCAGUCUGUCUGCGUGGGCGGAUGGUACUGACUCAGGAACUUCGGUCACUAACGAUGUGCAGAUGACCUUCACGGUCGGCGCUACCGCGCAGACGGCAUCAUCCGAUGUGACCUUUGUUGUGGACCGUAAGCUGCGGCUUGAUGUUGGUACGCCUAACGGCAACUGGGUCAGCGCCGUACCAGGGCAGGCGGGUUUAACCGCUUCCUCUGUACAGUUUUCAGUGGUCAACAACUCUAAUGACAGCGUCGACGUUGUCAUCGCUCUGAUCGAUCAGGGCGCUUUGGAUAUCGACGGCUAUGAUCCAGCCGCGGCAUCUCCUAUAACACUUACCGGCUUAACCGUCUGGGAAGAUACCAACGCUAAUGGCGUGCUUGAUGGCGGUGAAAACGUCUUAGGUUCAGCCACAGGUGUUUACACCCUGACAGGCACUUUUGCCGAAGAUGAAGAACGCACAAUCUCUGUGAGCGUUGAUGUCGACGGUGCAGCUGUUGCCGAGCAAUACCAGACCUAUACCCUGGUUGCAGCAGUGGCUGACACCGGCGUAGUCAUAGCCAACGACGACAGCUCCAACGAAAGCCCCGGUGUGGCUGACGUACCUGCUGCGUUGAACGAUCUGGCUACGGUUGAAGUUGUAUUUGCUGAUGACGGCAGUACUUUUGCUGAAGACGAAGGUUUCAACUUUGUGACCGGUCCCGCAGCCACAGGUGCAUCCGAUGGCGAGAACGAUGGUCAGUCUUCCAAUGCUGCGGGUUUCCGCACCGUGGGUGUUCUGGGUAUCGUGAAAUACGUUGAGGUUUUGUGGGACCCAAUUUCCGGCAACCAGUACUUAGGUGCUGGAAACACCACGACAGGCAACGAGCCUAAGUCGAUUCCAGGUGCUGUUCUGAUGUAUGUCAUCGGUGUCAGCAAUCAGUCUGCGCUGGCCGCAACCGGUGUUGUGAUUACAGACAACGUACCUGCAGGUGCCGCCGAACCACUGCAACUGGGUAACUCCGGUGCCGUAGCUGGCAUUGAACUGCCUGACACGGUUACCGUCGACAUUGAUGGUAUUCCGGUUGUGCUGGAUCUUGAUAACACAGGCGUUGCCGUAGACGAUCUUGUUUACGUACGUGAGUGUUCUUUAGUUGCUACCGACUCGGUAAACGCUGGUGUCGCAUUCGCUGCUGAUCCAAGUGAGGUUAACGCCUCCAUGGGUGCAAGCUGUGAUGGUGGUGCAACCGGGUACAUAGUCUACUUUGCAACUGUAGACGACACCGCGUGGUUGGCGAUGCUGUUUUUCAGCAUAACUUGUCUUCCGCUCUGGGCGAUUCCGCCCGAUACACCAGUCACCAACACGGCGAUAGCCGGUUAUCAGGUGAGUGGUGCAGAUUUUUCCGCAAGCGGCAGCGCUACUGUGCGCACCGAUCCCGCCGCAGGCAACAGCCCGCCGUUUGCAUUGACCUUGGAACCGGCCGCUGUGCCGGAGAAUGUCGCCGGUGCUGUGGUCGGCACAAUUGCAGUAGCUGAUCCGGAUCCAGAUGACAUUCACGUGAUUGUGGUGAAUGACCCAAGAUUUAUUGUUGUGGGCACCUCGCUGCAACUGGCUGCUGACGUGGCGCUGGAUUUUGAAACAACCACAACGGUAACGGUUGAGAUCACUGUGACCGAUCCUGAAGGUGCAAGCUACACCCAACAGCUGGACAUCGUGGUGCUGGAUGUUAAUGAAGCGCCUGAGUCAAUCAGCCUGUCAUCCAAUAGCUUUGUCGCCGGGCAGCCCGGAGCCGAUGUAGGCAUCUUCCAGGUCGCUGAUCCGGAUGCAAACGACAGCCAUAUAUUUGCAGUGGACGAUCCCCGAUUUGAAGUGAUCGACGGUACUUUAAAACUACGUGAUGAUGUCAGCUUACCGUUGGGUACAACUGUUGAGGUUAUGGUCACUGCAACUGACAGUGGCGGCCUGAACUAUACCCAGACCUUCACGCUCACUGCGACACCGCCUGGUGGUGGCAGCGGUGAAAAUGCUUCGAUCACUGCACUGCAACUUGCCACCGGCGCCGACGCAGCACAACUCCAGUCGGUAAACCCGACCAGUUGUGUCGCCGGCGGAGGUCUUUCACCCUUGCCCGCGCCCAUAAGCCUGGCAGGCGGUAGCCUGCAGGUACCAGGCAGUGGAGAGUUUCUCCCCACAAGUGUCAUGAAAUCUGCAGACGUGCUGUUUGUGCAGGUUGCAGACCCGGAGGCUAAUGCUGACCCGCUGGCUUUGGAUCAGGUGCUGGUGCGGUUACGCACUCCGGCAUUAGAUGAGGAGAUCAUUACUGUUUCUGAGACGGGGGUGGAUACAGGCAUUUUUGUCGGUUAUCUGCAAACCAGCCGAUCCGUCGCAAUAGUUGAAAACUGUGUUCUGGAAGUCUUGUCAGGUACAACUGUAUCGUUGGCUUAUGUUGAUGAUGAUGUUGAUCUGGCAACCAUUGAUAUCCUGGUUGAUCCAUUUGGUCGUGUAUUCGAUAGUGCCAGCGGUACGCUGAUUAAUGGUGCAACUAUUACGCUUCUGGACGCGCUCACCAAUCAACCCGCGCAGGUUUUUGCUGACGACGGUGUGACUGGUUUCCCUGCUACACAGGUCAGUGGAGAUCAGUUCUAUGAUAAUGAUCGCGGCGCCUACCGUUUUCCAUUUGUGCGGCCUGGAGAAUAUCUUCUGCAGGUUGUGCCGCCUAAUCGUUUUGCAUUCCCAACAUCUUCUACGGAUGCACAGCUACAGGUUCUACCCGGUGCGCCGUAUGCCUUAGGCUCCGGCUCGCGGGGCCAGAGCUUUAUUGUGCCUGUGGGUCCUGCCGUGCAGGUAGAUAUCCCACUGGAUCUGCAGCCGGUUACGCCGACCAGCAGCAGUAUUGCUGUAUUCGCCGGACUUACGCCCAAUGGCAAUAGUGAGUCUGUUCAGGUUGCGCCAACGGCCUGUUUUGAUGGCAGUGGUUUUUCGAGUCUUGCGGAUCCGAUCACACUUGCCCAGGGUGCAUUGUCGGUUCCAGCGAACCUUACCCUGACACCCGUAGACCGGCUUGCGCGCAAUGAUGCACUGUUCAUUUCAGUGGUUGAUCCGGACCAGGAUCAGAAUCCUUUUGCGCCUGAUCAAAUCAUCGUUGAGGUGCAGAUUGCGGGCACGUCUGAGCGUGAAACUCUGCAGCUGUCUGAAACGAAUGAUUCUACCGGCGUGUUUGUCGGGUAUCUGCAAACUGCGGGUACCUCGACUGCGCCUGCAAAUUGUCAGCUGGAGGCAGCGCCGGGUGCAUCGAUCCUGGUCAGUUACCAGGAUGCAACUGACAACACCGACACCGCAUCUGCCGACCUUGCCUACGAUCCGGGUUUCAGCAUGAUUUCCAGUGCCACCGGUGAGGUGGUUUCGGGUGCAAGCGUCACCUUAAUAGACGUCAACACCGGGCUUGCGGCCGAAGAUGCUAUUUUUGGUGCAGAUGGCGUCAGUGCUUUUCCAGCCACCGUUGUUGUCGGUGGUGAGGUUACCGACGCCAGCGGUGAACGCGUUGACUUUGCACCAGGCACUUUCUAUUUUCCGGUGAUUCUGCCGGGUGAAUACCGACUGGAAGUCACCCCGCCGGUUUCCUUUACAUUUCCCUCGCUGCUCGAUAAUGCGGCGUUAAAUCUCCUGCCUGGUGGACCAUUUAACCUCGACCAGGGUUCGCGGGGAGAGACGUUUACCGUUGCCGCCGGUGUGCCGGCAGGGUUUGACCUGCCGUUGGAUCCGAUAUCCGCAGAGGUAUUUGUCACCAAACAAGCGAGCAAACAGACUGCAGCCGUGGGCGACUUUGUGCAGUAUCAGAUCCAGGUUGAAAACGCUGACGCCAGCGGCACGGUGUCGGAUAUGGUCUUGUCUGACCAGUUACCCCUUGGUUUUCGCUAUGUGCCGGGUUCACUGAAAGUUACUGGCAUAGAUGAAUCUGAGCCCGAGUUAUCCAGUGAUGGUGAACAGUUUGACCUGCGCCUGGGCGAUUUGGCAGCGGGCAGCACCAUUGCACUGCGUUAUGUGGUUGAAAUUACCGCCGGUGCCAAGCUGGGACCUGCACGUAACCGAGCAAGCGUUACAGGCACCGGUAUAGGGCAGGCGAAUGUUGCGUUUGCCGAUGUCGAGGUGCAGGAAGAUUUGUUGCGGAGCAAAGCAAUCCUUAUUGGUCAAGUGUACGCAAACGGCUGUCCUGCUGGCGACGCCGCGGCCUCAGAUCAGGUGGGUGCGCAAGGUUUGGCGGAUGUUCGGAUCUGGCUGGAAGAUGGCACCUUCGUUGUCACCGAUAUUGACGGUAAAUAUCACCUUGAGGGUAUAGAGCCUGGUACCCACGUAGUGGCGCUGGACACUGCAACGUUACCCGGUAGCCAUGAACUGGUGUUGUGCGAAGACAAUACCCGGUUUGCCGGCAAUCCAGGUUCGCAGUUUGUCGACGUGCAGGGUGGCACCCUGUGGCGUGCAGAUUUUUAUACAGCGCCUAAACCAGAUCAGAGCAGUGAAAUUGUCAGCCGACUGGAUGCCCAGGCUGAUGAUGGCAAAGUGACAUAUACCUAUUGGAUCAAAGGCGGCGCUGUGCCGCUGCAGAAUCUGCGCACUACUAUCAUGCUGGCAGACCAGUUGGCGUAUAUAGAAGGUAGUGCAAAACUGAAUGGUCAGCCGAUAGGCGAUCCCAGCGGUCUGGGUAUGGGUGCGCCGACGUUCAAGCUGCCGGACACAGCGGACCAUUUUAAUUAUGCACUGACCUUUGAAACCUUUGUGAAGACACCUAAGGGUCAUAUCGUCUCCAAAGCAGUGUCGCAAUUUGCUACCCGACAGGGACAGCACCGCAUUGACGUGAGUCAGAAUGAGCUGAGCCUGAAUUGGCCUGCAUCGCUGGUGAUGAUUGCUGAAUCUGUAACCGCCUCCAGUGACAGAGCAUUGCGCGUAGCCCGGCAGAGCAACUCCAAACGGUUGCGUGAAAUCGCGCCGGCUAACGAUUCUAUUGAACCGGUAGUAGCCAUAGCCUCUGAGGUAAUGGAGCCCUCACGGGGGUCCAAUUACACCCGUGGUAACGUCGCUAAGAAGCAGGUGUCAGUGCGCCAUGAUGGCGUGCGAAGUGCGCCGUACGAAUUACCCGAGCAGGAUCGCGGUGAAGCACCUGCGUUCAACCUGAGCUGGCUUUCUCAGAAUCCCACAGCCCAGGGGAUUGUCUGGCCGCCAGAAAACUACAAUCCGGUGUUGCCGGCUAUAGAAGUUGCCGUAGCCCACGCAAAAUCGUUAAAAGCGGUUUUGCUGGUGGAUGGCAAAAUUGUUAAUCCUGUGACCUACGAAGGUACAGCGACGGAUCAUGCUGCUGGCGUGAGUUUGUCGCGCUGGGAUAACGUUACUAUUUCUGAGCACGAUAGCGUGAUCGAAGCUCAGUUGCUCAACAGCGAAGGCGACAUCGUCGAGCGCCAUUCCCGCAGCACCCAUUUCAGCGGUGCGCCCGCUCGCGCAGAGUGGGUCAAAGAAGAGUCGUACCUGGUUGCCGAUGGUUUGUAUCCGCCUGUGAUAGCGGUGCGUUUGUUCGACCGGGAAGGCUACCCGUUGCGUCCGGGCACCACUGGCGAGUUUUUCGUUUCAGCACCCUUUAUGGCGCUGGAUAAAGCCAAGCAUCUGGAGGCGAUGGAUAACAAAUUCAACAACCAGCGUUACCAGGUUUUGCGUGACGGUAUCGCCUAUAUUCAGCUGGAGCCGACAACCUCCACCGGAGAGGUAGAGAUCAAGUUUCAGUUUGACCCUGUGCGCAGUGACAAAGUCCGCGCACGAAUGAUUCCGGGAAACCGCGACUGGAUAAUGGUGGGUCUGCUGGAAGGCACCUAUGCGCAAAACGAUCUGUCCGGCAAUCUGAAGUCGUUGGGUAAACAGAAUCUCGAAGAUGAAUCUCUUACCGAUGGCCGCAUGGCGUUUUACGGCAAGGGUAUGGUGCGCGGCGACUGGUUGCUCACGGUGGCGUAUGACACCGACAAGAAAUUUGAACGUGAGCUGCGUGAGCAGAUUGAUCCCAACCAGUUUUAUACCCUUUACGGAGACGGCACCGAACAGCUGUUUGAUGCGCAAAGCCAACGCAAACUUUACUUAAAGCUGGAGCGUGCUCGCUUCGCGGCACUGUUUGGCGACUUUGAUACCAAUUUUGAACGCUCAGAGCUGGCGCGCUAUGACCGCCGUCUGAAUGGCGUCAAUCUUGGGUUUUUUGGUGAACAUAUUGAAACCCAGGUGUUUGCCAGUGAAACCGACCAGGCCCUUGUCCGUGAUGAACUGCGUGGUGAUGGCACGUCCGGCGUCUAUCGUCUGUCUAACCAGCGGCUGGUUGCGAACAGCGAGUCGGUGCGCAUCGUGACGCGAGAUCGGUUUGCAACCCAGAACAUUAUUGAUAGCGUCGAGCUGACCCGUUUUCUCGAUUACACCAUCGAUUUUUCCCGCGGUACGUUGAUCUUCAAACAACCCAUUUUCAGCCAGGACGAAAACUUUAAUCCCAUAUUUAUUGAAGUUGAAUAUGAAGUGGCGUUUGCAGGCGUGGACAAAAAAAUUGUCGCGGGUAGUCGGGUUGCUUACCGCCUGGAUGACCAGGACAGCGAAGUGGCCGUGACUUAUAUCAAUGAUGAUACUGAAGGGCAGGGUGGGACCCUGCUUGCCGCUGACCUCACCUGGCAGAUGAAUACGGCAUCAACCCUCACACUGGAAGUGGCACAAACAGAUACGGACCUAAACGAUGAAGGCAACGCUUAUCUGCUUCAGUUAGAACACGCUGGCAGCAAAAUGGCCGGCAGGAUUUACGCGCGUGAGCAGGAACAGGCUUUUGGUCUGGGUAACCAGUCGGCGCUGGAAGCGGGUACCCGGAAGAUUGGCCUGGAAGGUGAGUAUCGGCUGCGUGAAGAUUUGUUGCUGCGUGGCCAGAGCUUUCAGCAGACCGCUCUGGCGGAAGGUUCUAAAAGACUGGUUGUAAAUGCGCUGGGUGAGUGGCGUAAAGACGCAACAAAAUUCUCAGCCGGCGUGCAGUCAGUGACCGAGGAGGGUGCCAGUGGGGAAUCAGCGGACGCGACUCAGCUGCUGUUUGGUGUGGCGCAGAAUGUUUACAACAAUAAGCUCAUGCUGCGCGCGGAUGCGGAACUUGAUGUGUCCAGUGGUUCAGGCAAUACAGAUUAUCCGUCCAGAGCAAUAUUUGGGGCGGAGUAUGAAGUGUUCAACGAGGUCAAUCUCAUUGCAGAGCAGGAGUUAACCUGGGGUGAUGAUAGAGACACUCAGGAUACGCGUUUUGGCGUGCGUGCUCGGCCUUGGACGGGUGGCGACGUCAACUCUUUUGUAACCCGGGCACAGGGUGAAAAUGGCAACCGCCUGUUUGCCACGACAGGUCUGUUGCAGCAGUGGCGUAUCAACGAGCGCUGGCUGUAUGACAUUGGCUUUGAUCGAGUACAGACGCUGGCGGAAAGCGGUUCGACGGAUCAGCCGCGGGAUCUGUUGUUUAACCCCACCGUGCCACCGGCAUCGGGCAGUAUCGAUAAUGACUUUACGGCAUUUUUUACAGGUUUUGGCUACCGCCAUGAAGCCUGGGAUGUUUCAUCCAGGUUUGAAUGGCAUGCCGGUGAUUUAGAAGAUAAAUGGAACGUACUGGUGGGUGCUAACCACCAGCUCGCAGAAGGUCGUGUUGUAUCUGCGAGUAUGUCCUGGUUAAACGAAGAAUCUUCGACUGGCGUUGUUCAGGAUAAUCUUGACCUGCGUGUCGGAGCCGCCUGGCGCCCGUUUGACAGCGCCUGGUCAUUUCUGAAUCGAACAGAUCUGGUGUUUGAGCGGCGCGAGGGUAACGCCUUUGAUACCCGGACUCGCAAAUGGGUGAACAACUUCAACGCUAACUAUAAACCGGGCCUGAAGCAUCAGCUGGCGCUGCAAUUUGGCUUUAAAUACGUGAUUGAGAACAUCGACGCUGAUGAAUUUGAUGGCGUCACCAGUCUUGUUGGGGCGGAGUAUCGCUACGAUAUUGCGUCCCGCUGGGAUGUCUCUUUGCGUUCAUCGAUCCUGACAUCUCACCAAGCAGGCACCGCGCGAUAUUCCUAUGGCGCUGCUGUGGGUCACAGCAUUCGACCGAAUAUGUGGUUGAGCGUUGGCUACAAUGUUGAAGGUUUCGAAGAUGAUGACUUCAUAGCGGCGGAUUACACCGCCAAAGGUCCCUAUCUGAAGCUGCGUAUGAAAUUUGAUCAGGAUCUGGCGAAACGUUUCCUGGAAUUCACCGGCCUUGCACAGCGUCGCCAGGUGGAUGGGUUUGCCAACGGUCGCUAG